AUGGAUCCUAACAGUAAUCGUCUCCACCUGAAUUUCGGGUUCAACGAUCGCAAUGGAUACAACGCAGCAGCGGCAAACAACCGCGCAUAUCCAACAACCCCCUCUGCUUUCCCUCAGCCGAUAUACCAGAAUCAGGGUCCUCAGGAUUAUGUCGACGCUCAAAAUGGGGCUUACAACCAAGGAGGAUACUUUAUGGCCAACCCGUAUCCUCCCCAGUAUUCUCAGGCGCCUUACAGCCAGCAGCAGCAGCAACAACCGCAGCAACCGCAACAGCACAAUCUGGCGUCCCCUCAGCCGACCUAUCAGACACGGAUGGCCUACAAUGCCAACGAUGGGACAAAUGGACUUAUCCAGCAGUUUUCCAACCAGGAUCUGAACUCGACGCGCACGGGGUUUUUUGGCCGUGCUGCCUCUCCUGCUCAGAGACCUCGCACGGCUGGUUCUUCUGCCCCCGGACAACAGCAACCGGGCCAUCUCGCCCCUCCUAUGCCUCGGAGUCCCCGAACUCCGGCUGAGAACGAAGAACUUCAACGGUAUCCCGAACGCUACUCUGAGAACGUUCAUAAGCGUGGUAAGGCGGCGAAAGAGUUGGUGAAUGUAUUUUUCCAUGAGAACAUUGAGCGGGCACGCGAUCGUAACAUGCGUUCUGCCGAGCUCGACAAGAUGAUCCGUGACCCUAGUAUUUCCAAGGAAAAGAAGCGCCAGGAGGCCGAGAUUGCUGCAAGAAAGGAGUCAACCUUCCUACGAUUCCUCCGAACCAAGGAGACACCUGCCAACUUCCAGACCAUCAAGAUUAUCGGAAAGGGUGCCUUUGGUGAAGUCAAACUCGUGCAACGGAAGACCGACGGCAAAAUCUAUGCCCUCAAAUCUUUGAUCAAGACGGAAAUGUUCAAGAAGGAUCAGCUGGCUCACGUUCGUGCUGAGCGUGACAUUCUGGCGGACUCCAAGGACAACCCGUGGCUCGUGAAGCUGCAUGCCUCUUUUCAAGACAGCGCCUAUCUCUAUCUGCUCAUGGAGUUCUUACCUGGAGGUGAUCUGAUGACCAUGCUCAUUAAGUACGAAAUCUUCUCCGAGGAUAUUACGCGAUUUUAUAUGGCAGAAAUCGUAAUGGCCAUCGAAGCCGUCCACAAGCUUGGUUUCCUCCAUCGUGACAUCAAACCUGACAACAUUCUGCUUGACCGAGGUGGUCACGUCAAGCUUACGGAUUUCGGUCUCUCAACUGGAGGCAAGAAAACUCACGACAAUUCAUAUUACCAGAAUCUUUUGAAGAACUCGACUUCGAAGGAUAAGAAUCGCAACUCCGGAUACUUCAACGAUGCAAUAAACCUGACGGUCUCGAAUCGGGGGCAGAUCAACACCUGGAGAAAAUCCCGCCGGGCCAUGGCUUAUUCGACAGUCGGCACACCUGAUUACAUUGCACCCGAAAUUUUCAAUGGUCAGGGAUAUACCUAUCUUUGUGAUUGGUGGUCUGUUGGUGCUAUCAUGUUCGAAUGCCUUGUGGGUUGGCCCCCGUUCUGUGCCGAGGAUACCACGGAUACCUACCGUAAGAUCGUCAACUGGAGAGAAUGCUUGUAUUUCCCCGAGGAACUUACGCUGUCCCGCGAUUCGGAAUCGUUGAUACGGAGCUUCCUAUGCGACGCGGAACACCGUAUCGGCAAUGAAGGCGGCCAAUUCGGUGGUGCUACACAAAUCAAGAACCACCCAUUCUUCCGUGGAGUGGUAUGGGAGCAACUUCGUAAUAUCCGCGCUCCCUUCGAGCCGAAGCUCAGCUCGAACAUCGAUGUUUCGUACUUCCCCAUCGACGAGAUUCCGCAGGAAGAUACCAGCGCUAUCCACCGUGCUCAGGCCCGUGCCAUGCCUGAGGAGCAGGAGGCUGAGAUGAGCCUGCCAUUCAUUGGAUACACGUACAAAGCGUUCAAUGCCUUCCAGGGGAACUGA